UUUCUUGUCAGAUAAACUUCAACCUUUAAUGUCUUCAAUCUUUAAUUUAAAAUUCAAUAAUAUUAAUGUUUUGAAGAUUUGCAAUAACACAAAUUUGAUGAGAUGCCUCAUGAGUCAUGACUGAUGUUCUUCUCAUGCUAAACAAUGACACUAAAUGAUUUGUCAAUACACUUUGCAUCUCUAUCAACAUCUGAUCCUCCGUGAUAUUAUCAAAGAUUAAUUCGAAAGUAAGUAAUUAACUCUAAAUCAUUCUAAAAAUAGUGUAACAAAAAAAAAUUAGAGAAAAAAAAAACAGGGGAAAGUCAAUUAUAGAGUACGUUAUUACUCUACUUUUACACCCACUGUUCUUUUUCUAUAUUCAAGAAUCAAGAUACGAAAAAAAAAAAGGAAAAAUCCAAUUUAAUUUCCCACUUGAAUAAGCAACCCCUACCCUACUGGCUACUGAUAGAAGAUACAUCAUAUAAUAUUGAAUGGCACAUAAAAUUUUGGCAUAUUGAUCUAAAAGUAAGCUUUAAACAACUGUACUAAUAGUCAAAUUAUGCAAAAUUAACUUCUUUUUAAUUAAAAACUAUAUUGUACCAAACUCCACCUUUCUUUUGUUCAUAUUUUCUAUUCUCACCUUACAACUCAAAGAAAUGGAGUCAUCAAACAUAUUUCACUUGCUACUUUAUUUCGUUCUCGCUCUAAGGAUUCCGGAAUUAACUUCAGCUCAAUUUACAUUCCGCCACGGUUGGUGUGGCGACGCUACUUAUGCACCCAACAGCACUUACCAAUCUAACCUUAGAGCAGUCCUAAACUCCCUUGCUACGGACACUCGAAUCACCUAUGGUUUCUAUAACUUCACUGCAGGACAAGGUCCAGACAGAGUAAACUCUUUAGUCGUAUGCAGGGGCGAUGUUCCUCUAGGAACAUGCCGGGUUUGUGUAAGAGACUCUGCUAGUUUAAUCCCUCAGACUUGUCCUAACCAGAAAGAGGCAUUUGGUUACAGUCAAAACUGCAAAAUAUUUAUAUCAAAUCGCGCUAUAUAUGGUAUUGUGCAGAAUGAGCGACAAUGGUAUCUGACAACUAGUGAAAAUGUGACUGGUGUUAUUGGGUUUAACCAAACACUCUAUUCUCUAAUGAGCUCGUUGCAGAAUCGAGCUGCUUCAGGUAAUUCUGAGCUGAAAUAUGCUACUGGAGGAGCUAGUCUUACUGGAGGUGGAGGUCAGAAGUUAUACGGGCUUGUACAGUGUACUCCGGAUUUGUCAAGGCUGGCCUGCAUACAAUGUAUUCAAGGAUCUCUUUCAAUUCUCCCAACAUGUUGUAUUCAGCCUUCUUAUACAGCUUCAGGGGUAACAAUUGUCAUACCGAGCUGCUUUGUUCAGUAUGAGCUCUUCAAUUUUACAGGGAAUGUGCCUAAUCUAACUCCGCCACCACUACCACCAUCACCAGGACCUCCCUCGCCACCAAGCAAUAAUAAUUCAACAUCUACUGCAGUAAAGAGAAGAAAGAAAUCUCUUAAUCCUAGUGUUAUUGCUGUCCCAAUCGUUGUCGCAACAACAAUGAUUAUUGCUGUUGUCCUCUGCAUCACAUUAAGGAAGAAGAAGUUGAGAAAGGCCUGGAUGCUGAAAUUCAACAAAGAUGAAAUUGAGACCCUUCAGUCUUUGCAAUUCAGUUUGGGGACUAUCAAACAUGCGACAGGGGAUUUUUCAGAGGUAAAUAAGCUCGGAGAAGGUGGAUUUGGCGUUGUUUAUAAGUUUCAGGGUGUGUUUUCUAAUGGACAAGAGCUAGCAGUGAAAAGGCUAACAAAGAAUUCAGCACACGGAGAUUUACAGUUCAAAAACGAAAUUUUGAUAUUGGCCAAACUCCAACAUAAGAAUUUGGUCAGGCUACUAGGAUUUUGCCUGCAAGAAGAAGAAAUGCUUCUCAUCUAUGAGUUUAUUGCUAAUAGAAGCCUAGAUUACUUUAUAUUUGAUCCUGUGCAGCGUGAGACUAUGAGGUGGGAAACAUGCUAUAAAAUUAUCUAUGGCAUUGCUAGAGGGCUCCUCUACCUUCAUGAAGAGUCAAGAACACGAAUUAUCUAUCGUGACCUUAAAGCAGGGAAUGUACUUCUAGAUGAGGAAUUUAAUCCUAAGAUUGCAGAUUUUGGUAUGGCUAGGUUGUUUAACAUUGAUCAAAGUCAGACAUUGGCUAGCAGAAUUGUUGGUACCUAUGGAUAUAUGUCGCCUGAGUAUGUGCUCCAUGGACAAGUAUCAAUGAAGAGCGAUGUCUUUAGCUUUGGUGUACUCAUCCUAGAGAUUGUAAGUGGACAAAUGAUUAGUUCAUUCUUAAAUGGAGAGAAACCCGAAAAUCUUCUUAGCUAUGCUUGGAAGAAUUGGGUAGAUGGCACACCUUGGAAUGUCGUUGAUACUACUUUAUCAGCUGGUUUCAGUACAGACAUACUGAGAUGCAUCCACAUUGGUUUAUUGUGUGUUCAAGAGAACCUUGUAGACAGGCCAACAAUGUCGUCGAUUGAUCUUAUGCUAAGUAGACAGUCUCUCUCCCUUCAAAGGCCAUUACAACCUGCAUUCUUCAUAGAGAGCAUCUCUCAAUCAAAUGGCCGUCCCCAAGAGAACACUACAACUGAAUCAAGCAGCAGAACAAGAAGAAACUCCGUUAAUGAGGUCACCAUAACAGAACCAUACCCCAGAUAACACUUAAAAAAACGAAGGGAGUAAACGGUCAAAUUAUUUGAAUUGGACCUAUCUGGGCUACAAAAUAUCCGUAGCCCAGUUCCAAUUGGGCCACAAAGCAUAGAAUUGUUUUCUAAUUUAUUUUUCCUAAGACUAUUUUCUAGAUUCAAUGCCGUCUUGAGUGGAUAAAACUAUUCAAAAUUGACCGUCUCUUACUCAACUUGCAUUUGCAAUCCUGUGGUUUUCUUACACUUGGCUGUUUUCAAUCUUUGUCUAUAUGUCUGUAAUAAAUACCAAGUAAUUACUAACAUCAACUUGUUGCUGAAAUUUAUUUUAUUCCUACCACUACUUUAAA